GGGGCGUGGUGAAUGGUGAGGAGGGAGGGAGAGAGAGGGAGGAAGAGGGGGAGGGGGAGGGGGAGGAAGAGGGGGAGGAAGCGGGAGAGGGGGAGGGGGAGGGGGAGGAAGAGGGGGAGGAAAGAGAGGAGGGGGCAGAAGAGGAAGAUGAGGAGGACGAGGAUUAGAAGGAGGACGAGGAGGAGGAUGAUGACAUUGAGCACGCGUAUGGCAUGGAGAGUGACGAUGACAGGGAUGACGAGCGACGCUGGGCGGAGGUAUAGCAGCCACAAUAGUCUUAGGAGUACAAACUUAGCAAGAAGAGUUCGAGAGGGAGAUGGUUCCCAGCCUCUACAUACCCCAAGAGCCGAGGUCCAGGUUGGUGGUACACCACCACAGGGUCCCCAACCAUGAAGAGUCUCGAAACCAACCCUCCAAG